CCAGACUCGUACUUGGAGGUUUGUCCAUCUGAUCUGCUCGAUCUUUCUGCUAUGUGUUUUGUUGUUUUCCCUGGAUUCUAUCUGAUAGCUUGUUGAUCUGCUCAGAUGGCAGUACGCUACUGUACAGCUCUAUUGCUGGUGUUGUCAUGCCUUUUCAGUGUUUCAUAUGCUAGUCUUGGCGAUGCCGAUCCAAACUACAGGACAUGUGUUGCAGAGUGCGAGAGAAACGGUUGCGUUGGACAAGUGUGCUUUCCUCAGUGCAAUUCUUCUUCAUCCAGUGUUGGUCCAUGGUACACACAAGAGCCUCUGUAUUUGCAAUGGCAAAAGCUGGGCUGCCAAGGUGAUUGCCGUUAUCACUGUAUGGUUAAUAGAGAGAAAGAACGGGAAUCUCUUGGUCAUGUCCCUGUCAAGUACCAUGGUAAAUGGCCCUUCAAGCGUGUCCUUGGGAUUCAGGAGCCUGCUUCUGUUGCCUUCUCUGUGCUCAACCUAGCGAUGCAUUUCCAUGGGUGGCUUUCCUUCUUCAUUACACUAUACUAUAAGUUGCCUCUGAAGCAAGAUAAGACGGCUUACUAUGAAUACGUUGGUUUGUGGCAUAUGUAUGGUCUCCUCUCCAUGAACUCUUGGUUCUGGAGUGCAGUUUUCCACAGCAGGGAUGUUGAUAUCACAGAGAGGUUGGACUACUCAUCUGCAAUAGCAGUUCUCGGAUUCUCUCUCAUCUUAGCCAUCCUAAGAACCUUUGAUGUUCGUGUCGAAGCUGCAAGAGUCAUGGUAUCCGCUCCAAUACUAGCUUUCGUCACCACCCACGUUCUAUACAUUAACUUCUACAAACUCGACUACGGUUGGAACAUGAUUGUGUGUGUGACCAUGGGAGUCGCUCAGCUACUGCUAUGGGCAAGAUGGGCGGCUGUCUCGAGACAUCCUUCUAGUUGGAAACUUUGGGUGGUUGUGGUAGCUGGAGGGUUAGCUAUGCUUUUGGAGAUAUAUGAUUUUCCUCCAUAUGAAGGCUACUUCGAUGCUCACUCCAUCUGGCACGCCAUCACAGUUCCUCUUACUGUUCUCUGGUGGAGCUUUAUUAGAGACGAUGCUGAGUUCAGAACUUGUAGUCUUCUCAAGAAGUCUAAGACAAAGGCGAAGUAAGUCUGCUUGCCGAGUCUCACGGGGAUGUUUGUUCGAUUUGCAUAUGAUUUCUAUCGACCAUAAAAUCACAAUCACUGGGAAAAAGACGAGGGAAUAUGGAUUCAAACAUUAAGAAGAAAGCAGUUUCGUUUUUGUUUAAGGAUAGGUGGUCUGUGAUUUUAUUUACCGACAGAUGCAGAUGUGUUUCUUUUUCAAUGUUUUUAAUUCUGAAAUUUGCCUUGGGCUUGACUUUGAUCAGUUGAGAUUUUUAUAACAGUUUCUCAUUCAUACA